AUGGCAGAAAUACAAACAACGACCGUGUCCGUCGCAGUACAACCGGAAAAGACGGCUGAAGCCCCCGCAGUGAUCCCUGUCGACGUGGACAACAUAUACACGCGAGACGAACUGUUAAUCCAUAACAAGGAUGGCGAUCUGUGGCUUGCUAUUGAUGGAACUGUUUAUGAUUUAACCAAAUUUUCGGAGGAGCAUCCGGGUGGGCAGAAGAUUUUACUUGGAGUUGCCGGUACAGACGCAAGCAAGAAAUACCGCAAGUACCACGGCGAUAAUAUUCUGCAGCGAUACGCGAAAGACUAUAAGAUCGGGACACUGAAGAUAGAUAUUCCAGCCAAGGAGUCGAAAGGGCUGUUUUCCCGGUUUAAAAGGAAGAAAUAA